AUGCUCCUCAUCGGCUUGACCGGGUCCAUCGCGACGGGCAAGUCGACCGUUUCAUCACUACUAUCCUCCCCGCCGCACAACAUCCCCAUCAUCGACGCCGACCUGCUCGCGCGGCAGGUCGUCGAGCCCGGGACGCCCGGCUACGCCGCCAUCGUGCGACACUUCGCCGCGACCACGCGGCGCGUGUUCGGCGAGACCGAGGCGCUGCGCCGCGACCGCGCCGCGCUCAACGCCAUCGUGCAUCCGGCCGUGCGCCGCGCCAUGUUCCGCGCCGUGCUCGCGUGCUACCUGCGCGGCUGCUGGGCCGUCGCGCUCGACGUGCCGCUGCUGUUCGAGGGCGGCCUCGACCGCUUCUGCGGCGUCACCGUGGUCGUCGCCGUCCGCGACCCCGAGGUGCAGCUGCGCCGCCUCGCCGCGCGCGACCCGCACCUGAGCCGCGAGGACGCCGAGAACCGCGUGCGCAGCCAGGGCGACGUUCGGGAGAAGGCGGCCCGCUGCGAGGCCCGCGGCGACGGCCGCGGCGUCGUGCUCUGGAACGACGGCUCGCGCGAGGAGCUCGCGGCCAGCGUGCACGAGGCCCUCGCGAAGCUCAAGGCGCAGAACCCCCCGUGGUGGUCCUGGACGCUGCUGGGGGUUCCGCCGCUGGCCGCGCUCGUGGCUGCGUACAGGAUCUGGCAGAACGGCCGCAUCAAUCGGCAGUGGCACGAGAGCAAACGGACGAGCAAGUUGUAA